AUGGAUAUAAACGGACAAGACCCUAGGAGUCCACCCCGCCGACCACCUCCAGCUCGAAGCGGCUCCCAGAACUACGGGGACUCACGACAAGGACAGCCAAGGCCAGGACCUGAUAGCUACGCAGGCUAUGGUGACGGCGGAUACGGCGCUCGGCAGCCACCUGGUCCACAUGGAGCUCAGCGAAGCAUGACGAUGCCGUACAACAGCUCCGUAGGUCGUGGAGUACCGCAAAGGCCUGCUACGACAACAGGAAAUCGGCCUCCGCCUCAAAGGACCUAUCCUCAAGACAGCCAGCCGCCGCCACUGCCAGCACAGUAUAACAAUGUUCCUGCUCCCCAUGGCGAUAAUGGAUUCGACCCAUCGUAUGCCAACGCCAUUGACGAUGUAUACGACUCUUACUAUGACGAGCCGAGAGCGAGCAUAUCAAGCCACAACUCGUCGCACAACUCACAUGCGCAUAAAAGCAGCAUUUCAAGCCUGCCAGACUUUGAUGCUAUUCCCGUACACAGCAAGCGGGAUUCUUUUGAGCAGUCCAUGCGACCAGGGGCUGAGCAGCCGCAGCAGGGAGCCCACCAAACUCCCAAGCUGGGCCAUGCCCGCUCCAUGGUAGAGAUGCGCGAACCGCAGUCUGCAGUUUUUGAGAUGGCCGCCGACAUUCCUGAAGUUCCAGCCAUUCCUCAGACGCAUGCGUAUCAGCCGGGAUAUAAUCAAGGAUACAAUGGGCCUGCAGGAUACGCGCAGCCGCCGAUUUCACGAGGCCCAAGUGCGCCUCCAGGUGCAGCCGGGCAGCCGCAUUCUGGAUUCGGGAGCAAUCGUCCGCCCAUCGUCAGGCCGGGCACCGCUGCACCCACCAAUCCAGACGGUCUACCUGCACAUCCAACGCCUGUACGUCCGGGCUUGAUGGAAAACUCGCUUGUGAACCCGAAUGCCAAGCCUCCUCCUAUCCGCAACUAUGGAGGUGGUCCUCAGACAGGGCCGCCGCCGCAGCAGCAGCAACAGUACCAGCAGCAACAACAAGCACCAAUGCAACAACAAAUGCGUCAACCGCAACAGCAGCAGUACCCUCCUCAACAGCCACAGGGCCAAGGCAUGCCAGCGCCCAGAGCGCCGCCGCCACAGCGGGAGACAGAGCCUCCAGUUACACCCGGCGAGCUAGAACAUUUGAGGAUGGUUGUUAAAGGCAACCCCAACGAUCAGGCGACUGCACUGAAAUUGGCGAAGCGUCUCAUCGAAGCUUCAGACGUGCUUGUGCCAAAUAUCCCCGACGCGAGAGGCAAAGCGAAAGCUCGCGAACGAUAUACCAUGGACGCCCAGAAGAUCCUCAAGAAGCUGGUCAACUCCCAGAACCCAGACGCCAUGUUUGUAAUGGCAGAUGGUGUGGGUAGGGGUUUGUUUGGCCCCGAGGGAGAUUCCAAAGAGGCCUUUGCGCUGUACCAAUCUGCCGCGAAACUGGGUCAUGCUGCGGCUGCCUAUCGUACAGCCGUAUGCUGUGAAAUUGGCCAUGAGGAAGGGGGUGGCACUCGCAAGGAUCCUAUGAAAGCGAUUCAGUGGUACAAACGCGCGGCCACUCUAGGAGACCCGCCAGCCAUGUACAAGGUCGGCAUGAUCCUUCUCAAAGGCCUGCUGGGCCAACCUAAGAACCCUAGAGAGGCUGUGGGUUGGCUGAAACGGGCGGCGGAGAGGGCAGACACAGAGAACCCUCACGCUCUUCACGAACUUGGAUUGCUAUAUGAAUCGGCAUCAGGUAACGAUGUCAUUAUUCGAGAUGAGCAGUACGCCUUGAGCCUGUUCCAGCAGGCGGCAGAGAUUGGAUACAAGUUCUCUCAGUUUAGACUGGGCUGCGCGUACGAAUACGGAUUGCUGGGAUGUCCCAUCGACCCGAGGCUCUCCAUCGUCUGGUACUCGAAAGCAGCGCAGCAAGAAGAGCAUCAGUCAGAACUCGCUCUUAGUGGCUGGUAUCUGACAGGAAGUGAAGGCGUCCUAGGCCAGAGCGACACGGAGGCGUAUCUGUGGGCAAGGAAGGCUGCAGUGGCAGGGCUGGCCAAGGCAGAGUACGCGAUGGGCUAUUUCACGGAGGUGGGCAUCGGCGUCCCGGCAAACAUGGAGGAUGCCAAGCGAUGGUAUUGGAGAGCAGCUGCACAAGAUUUUCCCAAGGCCAGAGAACGAUUAGAAGACUUGAAACGAUCCGGCAAGGAAAAGGCCCGUCCGAGAGAGCGAAUAUCUCGAAGCCAGAAGCAACAGGAAGGAGACUGUGUAGUGAUGUAG